GCGCACCGAGCGACGAGGUGGACCGUCUGUGAUGCGUGCUCCUGCCCUAGACAUAUGCUAUAUAUCUCCUUCCAUGAGGGAACGAGGAGACUCUUCAAACCAGACCUGGCAUGGCGCGCAGUGAACACCGCGGCGUCCUCCAAGUGAUGAGCCACUAAAGAGACGCACCUGAGAGAGAAGAAAAAAAGAACCGCACAUAAAGUCCGGCUCCCCAGACGGGUCGUUAAUGGUUUUGCCAAUGCCGCCUCUGCGCGCGCUCCCGGCGGCUUUAACGCGGACAUAAGGAGGAAGGUCAACACGCUGAGGAAGAAGAAGGGGGCAGUGAUUCAGUCCGCGGGAGUUUGGCGCCGUGGUUCACGGGCUUUCUCGGCUGUAUUUUUAGCAUCCCUGUGUUUUCCCUCUCCUGACCGUCGUCCUCCUCCUCCCGGGCUCCGGGGGAGAGCAGGGUGAGGGCGCACGGACACACGCCGCCCGCGAGGCUCCCUCCACCGUGCACUCUCGCUUGGGUGUGGGAGGCUUGACGAUGGAUUAAUCAUCCCUACCUUCUGUUGAUCUGACCUUAUUCCGACCCCCCCGGUCACCUUGGGAAUACUUCAAGCUCCCCCGAGCGCUCGAGCGUGUUCUGAUCGCCGGUACAGCGCUCGAGCUGCCCGGUCCAGCGCUCGGUAUUCGAGAUGAACGCAGAACAUGUGCUGCGCUGCCUGCUGAUGCUCUGCUUCGCGCUGUUCUCCGCCAACGCGAGCAACUGGCUGUACUUGGCCAAGUUGACGUCGGUAGGAAGCAUUGCCAACGAGGAGACGUGUGAGCGGCUCCGGGGCCUCAUCCAGAGACAGGUGCAGAUCUGCAAGCGCAGCAUCGAGGUGAUGGACGCAGUGCGCCGCGGGGCCCAGCUGGCCAUCGACGAGUGUCAGUUCCAGUUCAGGAACCGACGGUGGAACUGCUCCACGCUGGAGUCCAUGCCCGUCUUCGGAAAAGUGGUGACGCAGGGCACCCGUGAGGCGGCCUUUGUCUACGCCAUCUCUGCGGCCAGCGUGGCGUUCGCGGUGACGCGCGCCUGCAGCAGCGGGGAGCUGGAGAAGUGUGGCUGCGACCGCACGGUGCACGGAGUCAGCCCCGAGGGCUUCCAGUGGUCGGGCUGCAGUGACAACAUAGCCUACGGCGUGGCCUUCUCUCAGUCCUUUGUGGAUGUGAGGGAGCGGGGUAAAGGCCAGUCCUCCAGCCGUGCCCUGAUGAACCUACACAACAACGAGGCGGGCAGGAAGGCCAUCCUGUCCCACAUGCGAGUGGAGUGCAAAUGUCACGGCGUGUCGGGCUCCUGCGAGGUCAAGACCUGCUGGAGGGCCAUGCCGCCCUUCCGCAAGGUGGGCAACGUCAUCAAGGAGAAGUUUGACGGCGCCACCGAGGUGGAGCAGCGCAAGGUGGGCACGGCCAAGGCCCUGGUGCCGCGCAACUCCCAGUUCAAGCCGCACACCGACGAGGACCUCGUGUACCUGGAGCCCAGCCCGGACUUCUGCGACCGCGACCCGCGCACGCCGGGCAUGCUGGGCACGGUGGGACGCCAGUGCAACCGCACCUCCAAGGCCAUCGACGGCUGUGAGCUGAUGUGCUGCGGCCGCGGCUUCCAGACGGAAGAGGUGCAGCUGGUGGACCGCUGCAGCUGCAAGUUCCACUGGUGCUGCUACGUCAAGUGCAAACAGUGCCCCAAGACGGUGGAGAUGCACACGUGCCGGUGAUGCACGGACGGACGGGGCAGUGGUGGCGUC